AUGAGGUUCCAAAUUUUUCAGAAUUAUUCUGGCGGGGAGGCUGCCAUUAACCGCCCGGCCAACCUGCAUCUGUGGGCUCACUACACUUACCUCUCUCUGGGAUUCUAUUUUUAUGAUGACCAUAUGGCUCUGCAGGGUGUGGGCCACUUCUUCCAAGAGUUAGCUGAGAAGAAGUGUGAGGGCUCUGAGCAUCUCUUAAAGCUGCAAAACUGGUGUAGGGGCCACAUUCUUCUCCAGAAUGUGGCAGAGCCUUCCCAAGAUGAGUGGAGUGAAAGCCAGGAUGCCAUGGAAGCAGGCUUGGCCUUGGAGAAAAACCUGAAACAGGCCCUUUUGGAUCUGCCUGCCCUGGGUUCCACCCACACAGAGCCUCAUCCCUGUGACUUCCUGGAGAACCUCUUCUUGGAUGAGGAGAUGAAGCUCCUCAAGAAGAUGGGUGACCACCUGACUAACAUCUGGAGGCUGGCCAGCCCCCAAGCUGAGAUGGGGGAGUGUCUCUUCAAAAGGCUAACCAUCAAGCAUGAUUAA